UAGAGUGAUAGUAAUAACAAGCUCACUAGCCCGCCUUUUAGUAUACAAGACCGAUCUUCAGGCUUUGUGAGGUUCCUCAGGUCACUAGGGUUGGGGUGCUCCGUUCGACCUCUCCUUGUCUGAGACACUUUCCAGUCCUUCUCUCCGAUGUUAAGAACGUAUCUACGUUGGUGCGAGGAACAAGGCAUCAAGAUAGACCCUCGAUUGUCGGUUCGAGUCCCUUCAGAUGGCCAAUCAUUGAGUACAAGUAAUGCGCCUGGCACAGACGAGACUCAGCGGGACGCAAGAAGCGUACUUGCUGCGGAAACGGGGAAUGUCCCUGACAUGGACGAGACUGAGCAGGGUGCACAUGGCCUUUGCGUGUUUGCCACUGCCUUCAUAGAAAAUAGAGAAAUUGUGGCGAGUAUUCCCAAAUCCGCUGUCUUGUCUGCUAGAAACUUUCGAUAUUCCAGAGGAUUGGAAGAGUUUUUAUGUGAAAGGGAAGUCGAUCCCAACUUGUCCCUGAGCCUUGCACUAUGCAUUGAGCGGUGUGUGUGCUGCUGUCUUGGGAGCUUCUCUCUGUAUCUUCAAACUAAGUUUUUCUCUCUAUGUUCUCGAUCAGACAAUUGGGACAGGCUUCUAAGUGGUGGGGUACAUACAAAGUCUCCCCAAAGAUCCAGUCGAUCUCGUUGCCUUCUGGCCUUCCGAUGCCAGUAAUGACGAUACGAAAGAAGCUCUGCAGUGGCUUCGAGGGACUGGGUUACUUCGAUACAUGGCCUGUGAAGUUCGGCCAUCACUCACAUUCU